AUGACGAAUCCAACCGGACUACGUUCCGAAAUCCAUGUUCCACGCAGCCGAACCACCACUGGAGUCUCUACUGAGCCCAUUCUCGUCACUGCCACUAUCCCGCUUGGGACCACUGUUGCUCAAACUACUCUUCCGCUGACCUUUGGCUCGCUGCCCCCUCUGACUCGAGUGAUUGCAACCGUCACCGACGCCGGCACGCAUUACUCAACCGUCACGACAACCACUCGUGGAGGCACGGGUGAUGACUAUGUGCACGUAACUGAUUAUGACUCCUCAGAGUCGGAGCAAGAGCGUGAUACCCCCCCUCGGAGGAGAAGAGAUACCGAUCAUACUCGACACCGUCGACGCCGCCAUAGGCAGGAAGCUAAUGAGCCCCGAGGAGCAACGAACCAAGCCUAUGAGGAUCGAAUCCGUGCUUACGAGGAAGAAAUUGCACGAUUGAAGAGGGACCAGGCAAGGUUGCCGCCUCCGGAACCAAGAGAUGAGAAUCCUCGUCAGAAUGUCAUGAAUCAGAUUCACUUGCUACCAGCAGGUGAUCCCAAUAACCCCGUUCCCCCUUUCACGCAAGAAAUAAUGGAUGCGAGAAUCUCUCGAAAAUUUAAGCUCCCAACCAUUAAAGCUUAUGACGGCACGGGUGAUCCCGCCAACCAUGUUCGAACCUUCAUGAACGCUCUGUUACUCCAACCCGUUACGGAAGCAAUUAAGUGCCGUGCUUUUCCUCAAACUUUGAGCGGAAUGGCUCAGCACUGGUACAGUCGCUUACCUCCAAACUCUAUUUCCUAUUUUGCUGACCUGAGCAGGGCCUUCAUAGGACAAUUCGUUGGAAGCAAAACUCACGCCAAAAGCUCCGCCUCAUUGAUGAAUUUACACCAGGGUAAAAACGAAUCACUCAGGGAGUAUAUGAACCGUUUUACCAAAGAAGCCUUGAAGGUUCCGGACCUACAUCAGAAGGUAACCAUGAUUGCACUCCAGCAAGGUACCACUGAUGACAAUUUUCGCAGGUCUCUAGCCAAGAGGGCCCCUGAUAAUAUGAACGACUUACAAGAAAGAGCCGGGAAGUAUAUUAAGGCAGAAGAAAGCCUAAGGAAAUCCCAGAGUAACCAAGGGCCGAACACCAAUUUUAAGAAACGUGGGAACGACGCCGAGUAUAACGCUGAGAACAAAUAUGCCAAAAAGGAUGAUGAUGAGAAGUCUCCUGCUAAAAGGAAGGUAGGACCAAGGUUCACCGAAUAUGCUAGGCUCAACGCCCCGAGGAGUCAAAUCCUACUGGAGAUCGAAAAGGAUGAGAGUGUUCGAUGGCGGAAGCCCAUAAGGACCGACCCAGAGAAACGAAAUAAAGAUUUAGGCAAGUUGUCCAAAUUCACCAAGGAUGGAGACAAAAAUUAUCGGCACAAUGAUAGCCGUGGAAGAGACAAUGAUGAUAAGAGAACCCAGCCUCGAGGGCCUGUGAUUAACGCGAUCUCCGGAGGGCCUACAGCAGCCAGAACCUCAAGCAAUUCACGGAAAGCUUAUGCGAAGGAAGUAAUGAGUAUAGUUGGAGAACCCCCGAAGCGGGCAAAAAUUGACUAUGCAAUGGCAUUCGAUAACAUCGACCUCGAGAAGGUAAAAUUCCCCCAUGAUGACCCCUUAGUAAUUACACCAGUGAUUGGAAAAUCGUCCGUAAAGAGAGUGCUCAUUGAUAAUGGAGCCUCGGUGGAUAUUUUGUUCUAUGAUGCCUAUGAAAAGAUGGGAUACUCCGAUACUCAACUGACACCCUCGGAUAUGCCUAUAUAUGGCUUCAACAAUGUGGAAACCAAGAUUGAAGGCAUGAUCCAACUCCCUGUAACUAUGGGUACCGAACCUAGACAAGCCACAUGUAUGAUAAAUUUCUUGGUUGUUAAAGCCUCGUCGACCUAUAAUGCCAUCCUUGGGAGGACGGGGAUACACGCUUUUAAGGCAAUCCCGUCCACUUACCACAUGAAGAUUAAAUUCCCGACUAGGAACGGAAUUGGAGAAGAAUUAGGAGAUCAGAAAAUGGCCCGCAGCUGUUAUAUUGGGGCACUAAGAUCUGGAGGAACUGGGGGCAAGUACUACCCAUAG